AUGUCGGCACCAACGUUGCCCCCCGUUGAACCCCUCGUGUCAUCCGCAUUGCCGACCGAUUCAUACCAACUUUUGUCGACUGGUGACAAGGCUGGAGCUGCUGAAGAUGCCUUGUAUGAGCAACAAAUCAAAGAUGUGGAAGCGUGGUGGACGUCACCGCGGUUUGAGGGUAUCAAGCGGCCCUAUUCAGCCGCAGAUGUGGUUAGCAAACGGGGCUCUCUGCAGCAAACCUAUCCGAGCUCGUUGAUGGCAAGGAAGCUUUUUAACUUGCUGAACGAGCGCGCAGCUGAGGGGAAACCAGUUCACACCAUGGGUGCCGUUGACCCAGUACAGAUGACCCAGCAGGCACCCAACCAGGAGGUUCUGUACAUCUCUGGCUGGGCAUGCUCUUCUCUGUUGACUACCACCAACGAGGUCUCGCCCGAUUUUGGUGACUAUCCUUACAAUACCGUUCCAAACCAGGUCCAGCGAUUGUUCAAGGCCCAACAGCUGCACGAUCGAAAGCAGUGGGAUGCUAGACGGAAGCUUACGCCCGAACAACGGAAGGAUACACCCUACGUCGAUUACCUACGUCCGAUUGUCGCAGAUGGUGACACAGGACAUGGAGGGUUGUCGGCCGUGUUGAAGCUGGCUAAGCUCUUUGCAGAGAAUGGCGCUGCAGCUGUUCAUUUCGAGGACCAGCUUCACGGCGGAAAGAAAUGCGGUCACUUGGCUGGCAAAGUCCUUGUGCCUAUUGGAGACCACAUCAACAGGCUUGUCGCGGCACGUUUCCAGUGGGAUAUGAUGGGAACAGAGAACUUGGUCAUUGCUCGUACGGACUCGGAGAGCGGCCGUCUGAUUAGCAGUGCUAUCGACGUGCGCGACCACGAGUUCCUCCUUGGUGUUACGGAGAAUGUGGAACCUCUCGCAGAGACCUUGCAGGCCAUGGAGCGAGAGGGAGCUGCUCCUUCGGAAAUCGAUGCGUACGAGAUGGACUGGGUUAAGAGACACAAACUUGUCACUUUUGAUGAGGCUGUCGAUGCACACCUUGAGGCAGAGGGUGCGUCUCAGUCCGCUCGAGACGCAUACAAGAAGCGCGUCCAAGAGAACCCCGACCUUUCUAUCUCCCGCCGGAGGGCAUUGGCAGACGACUAUUCCCAGACACCGGUGGUUUGGUCCUGCGAUACCCCUCGCACCCGGGAAGGAUUCUACCAUUACCGUGCUGGGUUCGCGGCUGCCACUAAGCGAGCCAAGGAGUUCGCACCUUACUCGGAUCUUCUUUGGGUUGAGACAGGUGAUCCGGAUGUUGACAAGGCUGCGAAGCUGGCAGGUGAUGUGCGCGCUGCACACCCUGGCAAGAAGCUGGUUUACAACCUGAGCCCGUCAUUCAACUGGAUGGGUCAGGGCUUCGACGAAGCCUCUCUGAAGUCCUUCAUCUGGGAUCUAGCGCAACAUGGAUUUGUUCUGCAACUGAUCUCUCUCGCUGGAGUGCACACCAACGCAACCAUCACAACGGAACUCUCGCGCGCGUUCAAGGACGAAGGCAUGCUCGCCUAUGUUCGGAUGGUCCAGGCACGAGAGAAGGAAUUGGGGGUGGACGUACUCACCCAUCAAAAAUGGAGUGGUGCUCCAUACCUGGACGGCAUUCUCGGAGCUAUUCAAAGUGGCAGCAGCAGCAGUAAGAGUAUGGGUGAGGGGAACACCGAGAAAGGCUUCUAA